UCUAUUUCCGCUGCCACCAUCACCGAAGCCGCGUUUUCCAACGUCGACAUUUCCUGCCUUAUGCCCUUGUUCAAACUUGUGGAAGAAUGAAUGAAAGAAAGAAAGAGGAACAAGGCAUAUAAAAUUCCUGUUCCCAAAAGCCAAUGGCAAUCCUUUCUUCUUUAAACAAUUCCAAGACAUCUUCUGCUUUUCGAUCUCUGCAACUCUCUUCCUUCUCUUUCUUCUCUACUUUGCUUCGUUUUUGUUAAGAAUCUAGUGCAUUCUUAUUGCCUUGUCUAGUUUUUGAAUUUGUUCGUCUUUCAUGAAAUUUGAGGUCUGAAAUGGCUUCCUGUAAGAAUUGGACCGCCAUUUGGUUCCUGUUUUCUUGUUGUCUUCUGCAACCCUUUAACUCCUCCGCCUUUGUCUACAACUGGAGCUCCCCGGGUUCGCGUAGAACGGCGCUUCAUGGGAUCGAAUCACCCGUCCACUUGAUGAGUUUCAACGCCAUCGCCUCCUCCGGCGACUCGAGCUGCGACCAAAAUGAAAGACAAAACAGAGCGUCGUAUGUCGACGACCAUGUCGGCGCGGCACCGGCGCUGAAGCUUCACCUCAAGCGCCAGUCGACGAAGGACAAGGCGACGGCGGAGAGGAGCAAGAAGGAAGCCCUGGAGAACUCCAGCCUUAAAGAUGAUCUCAGAAUUCAGACCCUCGUUCGAAGGAUCACCGAGAGGAAGAACCAAAAUGCCAUGUCCCGCCUCGCCGCCGCCGCCGCCGCUAACCAAACACGCCCAGAGAUCAGACAGAAAGUAGCGUCGGCGAAGUCGCCAGAGCUGGCCGGGCGACUGAUGGCCCAAGUUGAGUCGGGCGUCACCCUCGGCUCCGGUGAGUACUUCAUCGACGUGUUCGUUGGCACGCCGCCGCGCCGCUUCUCCCUCAUCCUGGACACCGGCAGCGACCUCAACUGGAUCCAGUGCCUCCCGUGCCACGACUGCUUCGAGCAGCACGGCCCCGUCUACGACCCCGCCUCCUCCUCCUCCUACCGCAACGUCAGCUGCAGCGACCACCGCUGCGGCCUCGUCUCCUCCCCUGACCCUCCGCGCCCCUGCCGAGGCCAAGACCAGGCCUGCCCAUACUUUUACUGGUACGGCGACCGCUCCAACACCACCGGAGACCUCGCGUUGGAGACCUUCACCAUGAACCUCACUGGUGUCGGCGAGUUCCGCCGUGUGGACGACGUCAUCUUCGGUUGCGGCCACUGGAACCGCGGGUUGUUCCACGGCGCGGCGGGGCUGCUGGGCCUCGGCCGCGGCCCUCUCUCGUUCGCCUCCCAACUCCGCUCGCUCUACGGCCAUAUCUUCUCCUACUGCCUCGUCGAUCGCAACAGCGACCUAAGCGUCAGCAGCAAGCUCAUCUUCGGCGAGGACGAUGACGUCCGCCGGAAUCCCUUCUUGAACUACACCACCUUCAUCAACGGCAAAGACAACCCCGCCGACACCUUCUACUACGUCAAGAUCAAGUCGAUCCGCGUCGGCGGCGAGGAACUGGCCAUCCCAGCAGUGACCUGGGACAUAGCCAAGGACGGCAGCGGGGGAACCAUCGUAGACUCCGGCACGACGCUGAGCUACUUCGCCGGCCCGGCGUACGAGAGGAUAAAGGAAGCCUUCGCCAAGAAGGUGAAAUACCCGCUGGUGACGGACUUCCCGGUUCUCGACCCCUGCUACAAUGUGUCAGGGGUAGGGAAGGUGGAGGUGCCGGAGUUUGACAUCCUCUUCGCAGACGGUGCCGUGUGGAGCUUCCCGCCGGAGAACUAUUUCAUCCGUUUGGAGCCGGAGGAGAUCAUGUGCCUCGCCAUGCUGCCGACGCCGCAGUCGCCGCUCUCGAUUCUGGGAAAUUACCAGCAGCAGAACUUCCACAUCGUGUACGACAUGAAGAACUCCCGGUUGGGCUUCGCGCCGACGAGGUGCGCGGAGAUGUAAAGCGACGGCGGCCGGAUCAAUUAAUUCCCGCCGGCAGACAGUAUUCAUACCUUAAUUUUAGGAUAAAUUUUAAGUUUUGUUUCCAGAUUCUUCCCUUCUCGGUUAAGGACGGGACAGAAGGGGGAUCAACCUACAGCAGAUUCGUUUCUUUUUGUCUCUUUUGUCAAUCAUUUCUGGUUGGAUUCUAUGUAGUUUAAUCAAUAUACUCAUUCAUACGAUACGAUCUCAUCUGCACGGA